AUGUCGUUCCUGAGCUAUACAGCUCUGUUCUUGUGUUGGAUGUAUUGUACUGCAGAAAGAGCUUGUGAAGAACCUCCUCCUAGGAGGGUUAAAGAAGUGCCUGCUGAAAGAUGGGACAAACCUCCCUAUCCACAUGGUACUCAAGUAACAUACAGAUGUCGGCCUGGAUAUAUAAAACUUGGACGAAUUGUGUUCGAGUGUGCUGACGGAGCAUGGAAGCAACACCCUCCAGGGGCAGAAUGCAGAAAUAAGCCCUGUGGACAUCCUGGAGAUACUGAGUUUGGUUACUUUGAACUUACCAGUGGAAGUGAAUUUGUAUUUGGUGCCAGAGUUGAGUACAGAUGUAAUGAUGGAUACCAGAUGCUCAGCCAAAGAAAUUACCGUGAGUGUCAGGCAGAUGGAUGGAGCAAUGACAUCCCUCACUGUGAAGUGGCAAAGUGUUUACCUGUAAAAGCACCAGCAAAUGGAAGAAUAAUUAUGACUGGUGCAUUUGAGCUUGACCGAGAAUAUUCCUUUGGCCAGGUUGUAAAUUUUGAAUGUAAUGCAAAAUACAAGCUUGUCGGACUUAGAGAAAUAAUUUGCUCUUCUAAUGGAAAAUGGAAUAGUGAUGUCCCUCAGUGCAAAGAGAUUAUCUGUAAUGUGCCAGUAAUUCCACAUGGAUAUGUACGUUCUUCAAAGCAGUCUUACAAGGACUCUGAACAACUUCUGUUUGCCUGUGAUGAAGGAUACAGAUAUGGUGAAAGAGCAGAUGUACGAUGUACUGAAUCAGGAUGGAAUCCAACCCCCUAUUGCACUGAAAUUGUAUGCUCUCCUCCAAGAAUUCCCAAUGGGAGCUUUAGACCUCAAGAAGCCAACUACAUAUUAGGUGAUACAAUCACAAUACAGUGUAAUCCUGGAUAUCAUUUUAAAAUUUUGACUGGCAGAAGCACAGCUGAAUGCACCAAGAAUGGCUGGGUACCUGAUCCAAGUUGUGUCCAGAAACCAUGUGACUACCCAGCUAUAGAAAAUGGCAAGUUAAGUGAACAACUGGAAUACCACAAAAACUAUUACUUUCCCAUGAGGUUUGGGCAGCAUGCUGAUUACCACUGCAAUAAUGGUUAUUCAACCCCGAGUGGACACUACUGGGUUCGAAUGGUCUGUUCUGAAAGGGGCUGGUCUCCAGAGCCAAAAUGCCUCAAAAAUUGUCAUGUUAGACAGCUGCAAAACGGUAAUUUCGUACAUAGACAGAGUGUUUACACAGAAGGUGAAAGAGUUAAAUAUGUCUGCUCCAUGGACUAUCAUACUGAACAUGAAGAUGGGGAAGUCACAUGCACAAAGGAUGGCUGGUCACCUCGUCCAAGAUGUAUACGUAAAAAAAAAUGCCAGACUAUCAAUUUUGACAAUGGUUAUUUCACCUUGGCAAGAACAAUAUUUCAUUUACGGGAGGAGGUGACCUAUAGUUGUCGUUCUGGCUUUGUAAGUCCAGAAGGACAAGAAACAGGAGUGACACGGUGUCAAGAGAAUGGCUGGACUCCAUAUCCAAAGUGUAUCAAAUCAUGUAAAACACCUGAUUUGGACAUUUUGAUUUACCACACAAAUAAAACUAUGUUCAUGCCUGAAGAUACAAUUGAGUAUGCAUGUUUGGAAGGAUAUCAAACAGCAAAGAAUAUGCCAACUGGUACCACAAGGUGUGGCAUAAAUGGUGAAUGGAUUCCAACGCCCCAGUGUCUUGCAAUAGAAUGUGAAAUGCUGAUAUUGCCCAAUGGAGACUUUUCUCCCAAGGAGGGUAAAUACCACAAUGGAGAUGUUGUGAAAUUUACCUGUGGAAACAAUUACGUGAGAGUUGGACCUGCCUCUGCUCAGUGCUAUUACUUUGGAUGGUUUCCAUCACCACCAGUGUGUAAAGCAAACACCAGAGGCUGUGGACCUCCACCUGAGAUUACCAAUGGAAGUAUUGCUGGUGGCUCUGUGGACCAGUAUCAGCAUGGGGACAGAAAGCAAUAUGAAUGCCACAUCGAAUUUAAAUUGGUUGGAUCAAAGGAAAUAGAAUGUGUUGAUGGACAAUGGUCAUCUCCUCCCUCUUGCACUGAAGACAAAACGCCAUGUGGAUCACCUUCCUCUAUUCCGAAUGUUGUUCUUCAUCAGGAAGACCAGACCCAGUUUUCACAUGGUGAUGAAGUAAUUUGUGGAUGUAAAAAAGGCUCUGGCAAUUCUGAGGAAAUGAAAAUAAAAUGUCUUAAUGGGGAAUGGAAGCCUUUACCUCUUUGUGCCGAUCCAUCUCCUCAGUGUGUACUUCCAAUGGGCGUUGAGCUUGUGCACAAUGGUCGUCCUUCCAGGACAAAAAAGAAGACUACAUUCCAUGGAGUUAUACAGUAUAUAUGCACAUCAGCUGACAAAAGUAUUAAACAGGCAACAUGUGUGUCUGGAAAAUGGUUACCAGAGAUUGAAUGUACAGCUGAGGAGAGUACAUGCCCACCUCCACCUCAAGUGCCCAGUGCUCAACAGAUAACAGUUGGAAGAAAUUACAAGCAUGGAAGUAAAAUAGCUUUUUCAUGUCUGAAGAGUUUCCAGCUCAUCGGUGUGAAAGAAAUAACAUGUAUAGAAGGAAAAUGGCAAUCACCACCUUACUGUGUGG